AUGGCGCCAAUCGACCGUUGCUUGGCCUCAAUGGCCAGGCUGUCCCUCCUCCAGACUUCUCGACCGGCCAUUCCCACGAUACCGAAAUUCCUCGCCCCGGCCGCCGCUCAACAAGUUCGACAAGCCUCAGUAGUCCGUAUCAAGAAGACGACAAAGAAGAAGAAGGCACUCCCUAAGGACUUUAAGCGACAUAACUUGAACAAGAGGGAAUUUCCUCAAUACUCGUUAUGUGAGGCUAUGAGAGUCCUCCGCGCCGUCGAGGUCGGCCAGCCCCCCGCUUCGAUCAAAUACGAAAUACACAUCAACCUCAAGACCGCCCGUAAUGGCCCUGUCAUCAAGAACAGUGUUCGACUACCCCACCCCGUCCAGAGCGAUUGGCAAAUCGCCGUCAUCUGCCCCGAGGGCAGCGAGAUCGCCCGUGAAGCCACUGCUGCAGGUGCCGUAGCUGUCGGUCAGGAAACUCUUUUCGAAGCUAUCAAGAAGGAGCAAAUCAACUUUGACCGUCUCAUUUGCCACGAGGCCAGCGAAUCUGCCAUGAACAAGGCCGGUCUCGGCAAGAUCCUUGGCCCCAAGGGUCUUAUGCCCAGCAAGCGUAUGCGAACAAUCGUCCCCGAUGUUGUCAAGUCCAUGCGAGACUCUGCUGGUGCUGCCGACUACCGUGAGAGACAGGGUGUUAUCCGCCUGGCUAUUGGACAGCUGGGUUACUCGCCUGACCAGCUCAAGAACAACAUCAGGGUGUUGCUGAGCAAGGUCAAGGCGGAGUGUGCAGAGAUCUCAGAGGAGGUGCACAAAGAGGUCCACGAGGUUAUUCUCAGCACAACUAACGGACCGGGCGUCAGCUUAAAUGGAAAGUUGAAGGACGCCGAGGAGCAGAUUACCCCCGAGGCAUUGUCAAGCAUCAUGUAA